AUGUUUGUUAAUAUCGCACUGUUCAUCGUCACCUCCAGCAGCAGUGUUUCCGUCAACGUGUUCACCAUCACCGUCCUGACGGCGCUCAGCAAAGACCUCUGGGUGGCUGAAAGGCCUUUCAUCUGGAAUUCCAUCGAUGUUGGUGGGAAGAUGGCGGUGGUGCGCUUGCCGGACGGGGGCUUGUGGGUUCACUCGCCGGUGGAGCUUGAUCAGGAGCUCAGAGAAGCGCUGCAAGAGCUCGGCGCAGUUCGGCACAUCGUGUCACCCAACUUCGAGCAUGUUAAGUGGGCUGCCCAGUGGAAAGGCGCAUUUCCAGACGCCACACUCUGGGGAACCCCAGGAAUGAAGGACAAGUUCCCGAAGAUCCCCUUCGACCUGGAGCUAAAGAGCAGCGGGUCGGCUCCAGCUGAAUGGGGCGGUGGUCUUCUCAUGUGCUUUGCAGACUGUGAGAGAACGCCGCUUUUGGGCACUCCCUUUUUCAACGAAGUGAUUUUCUAUCACCUUGCCAGUGAGACCUUGAUGUGCACGGACAUCUUCUGGAACUACCCGUCGGAUUUGCCCUCCGGCUCCGCCCUUUGGAAGUUCUUGAUGGACAAGGUCUACCUGCCCUUCUACAAGCGUUUCAUGGUACGGAGCCCAGACUCUUUGCAAGCCGUCUUGGACACGGUGGCAGAGUGGAAGCCACAAGGACUGCUGCCUUGCCACGGCAAGUACGUAGCCAACGGUGCCUGGAAGAUGUUUGAGGGCCACCUGACGGGCUCUUCGUAG